CGGCGCCAUGGCGGCGGCGGUGGGGCCGGUGGACUGUCACUGCCACCUCGCCGCGCCCUGCUUCCGGACGGACGUGGCGGCCGUGGUGCGGGCGGCGGAGCAGGCCCCGGUGUCGGCGCUGGUGGUGGUGUCGGAGCAGGCGGGGGAGUUCCGGAGCGUCGUGGCGCUGUCGGAGAGAUUCCCAGGGUUUGUUUUGCCGUGCCUGGGAGUUCACCCGGUUCAAGAGGUUUCACCAGAGGAGCAGCGCAGUGUUACUUUGAAGGAUCUGGAUGCUGCAUUGCCACUUAUAGAACUCUACAAAGAUAAAUUGGUGGGGAUUGGCGAAGUUGGACUAGAUUUCACUCCCAGAUUUGCCAGCACGGAUGAACAGAAGGAAGGACAAAGACAGGUUUUGAUCAAGCAGAUUGAGUUAGCGAGAAGACUGGAUUUGCCUUUAAAUGUUCAUUCCCGCUCAGCUGGAAGACCAACCAUUAAUCUCUUAAAGGAACAAGGUGCUACAAAGGUGUUGCUCCAUGCGUUUGAUGGGAAGCCAUCUGUAGCGAUGGAAGGGGUGAAAGCUGGAUAUUUCUUCUCCAUUCCUCCUUCCAUUAUAAGGAGUGAACAGAAGCAGAAGCUUGUGAAGCUGUUACCUCUGGAAAGUAUGUGCUUGGAAACUGACUCUCCAGCUCUGGGGCCUGAAAAACAGGUGAGAAAUGAACCAAAAAAUAUUUACGUUGCUGCAGAAUAUAUUGCCAAAAUUAAAGGAAUUCCAGUUGAAGAAGUUAUAGAAGUGACUACACAGAAUGCACUGAAAGUAUUCCCCAAGCUUCGGAACUUCCUUCAGAUAUAGAUUCAGAAACUGAAAUAUGAUAUUGCAGAAACUAUUAUUUAUGAUGUAAUUAAAACCAAUGUGCAUCUUGUCUUAAGUGGAGUUUUGCUGUUGGAAAGUUCAAGAAGUGAGCAGAGUGUUAUAUAGAUGCAUAGGAUGAAUAUAGGGAAUUUCUCAAAGGCCUUUGGUAUGCACCAUUGUCAUCUCUUGGAUGUGAUAAAGACAGGUUGUUUAUUUGCA